UAAAAAAAAAAAAAAAAACCUAGAAAUUGAAUUAAAUUAUUCUAAAAAAACAAACAAACAAAAAAAACAAUGCUGGCUCAUUUCUGUAUAAGGAAAGUGAUUGUGUGUGAACAUGACAAAGGAAACACCAUAAAACUAGUCCACACAACACAAAAAAAUAAAUGGUUGAGAAAAUGUAAAAAAGUAAGGCAACUUGAUGCAGUAAGAUUUUUGAGUUCUCUCAACAAUAGUUUUUUAGUUCUUCUCAGUAAAGAUACUUUGUUGAGCCAAUAUAAAUGUGUUUGUUCAUGCAAUGCCUUAUUUUGCUAAUAGAAAAAUUCUUGUCACGGCAACUGAAACAACAAUUACUGUCAUUGAGGUCAUUUCCUGGAAGGAAAAAAGAAUGUGUAAAAAGUCACCACAUUAUCAAAUGUAUGUUUAUUUACGAAUGACAAAUGUUAAUGGAUAACUUAAGUAGACAACAUUGUCUUUGUUUGUAAGACAACUUACAAGACUAAGCAAUGCAGGACACAAGUGGUUGAACAUGCACUGUAAAAAAUCCAAUUAACAAAAUGUUGGAAGGGCAAAAAUAGUUGAACUAAUUUUAUUGCUUGGGCUUAGUUGAGAAGACAUAUUAUAUUAAGUCUGCACAAAUAUAUUUUAAAAACAUUAAAUUAAUGGCUAUUUUCAAAUCCAGUCAACAUUCAGAACGCCAGUGUUUGACUGAACUAAUAAAAACAAAUCUAGCCAACAUUGAGAUCAUUCCGCACGUGCACGCGCCUGAGUGACUUCGCGGGAGAAACAGCGCCGCCAUCUUGUCAAGUUCACGCGUCCGGUAAGUUCCAGUAAAUAAAUGUUGUUGUUUUUUUAGACUAAAUUUAACGAGAAAAUCAUGUUUUAUGAGUUGUAUAUCCAAGGAAAAGUGGGUAUAAGACAGUGUAUGUCAAGUUCAGGCAAGUACUCCAAUUAAGUCAAGGGUUUCACUGAAUACAUAUUUGUACUUAACCUUAGACUGAAUUUAUCAAAACGUAUAUUUAAAAGGUGUAAAUGUUUUAUUUGAAACGUAUAUAUUUAUACGCAAACGUACAACAUAUAUAAAGCGUUGUAUGAUAUGUCUGAGGGAAAUUUAAGUGAAGGGAAUGUGGUCUUUCACCUUUGUGUGAAACACUUAACGUUAAAACACUUAACGUUAAUGUGAAAAGCUGUAAUAUUACUAUAAUGAAUUUUAGCUAAUUUUGGCGUGUUGUAUGAUAUUUUUUGUGUUUCCGUGACGUGAAGAGAUAUGAAGAGAUCGCUCGAUCUUUCUCUCUUUUAUAAGCCAUUUUGUUUAACGUUAACUUAACCGAAAUCUAUGAAACGUGUAACUUAAUGUGAACCACAGUAAUGCGCUCAUUUGAAGUUAACAUGGGCGUGUUGAAUGUUUUUGCGUGUGUAAACUUUUGCAGUUGUCCCGUGAAGUAAAAAGACGACAUUAAAAGUGACUACCAACACGGUGAAAUGUCGCUCUUUUCAAACGGGGCGGUUUAACGUUACACGGCGUUUCUGGUCUCGUGAAGGUGCUUCGGAAGAGAAGUUCGUCGUUCCGAACGAAAAUGAACAACUGAAUCGUUUCGCAGCCCGUUCAAAGCGUCUCAGUCAGUUCCCUACUAAGUAGUGAAUCAGUAGUCCCUGCACAGGGAAAUACCGUGAUCAGUAAACACUGGGCCAACUGAUCAAUAAAUUUGUAAAACAUAACCAUUUAUUUUGAUAUUUUUUUUGAUAUAUUUUUAUGCUAUUUUAGGUAACUUAGCCCUAUAAUAUGGAAUGUACAUGUUCUAUUACAAAUCCAGUCUACAUCAAUAUUCCCUGUUGUGCAAUGGAUUGUGGAAUGAAUUUGUGCCAAAAAAAAAGGAUGCAUUUCCGUUUCAUCAAAAAAUUAAUUAACUGAUAUUGAUACAUUGUAAAUGAUUUAAAAGGCAUAAUUUCAUUUUUUUGAACUUAAAAUGUACUUUUCUUUCUCCAUUAGGGUGUGGCCAAAGGUUUCAUUGGUACUUUGUCAUCAUUGAUUUCAGAUGCAACCCAGUCAGUUCUUCCAAGGCACCAAACACUGGCUCGUGACCAGUCUGCUCCACUGCAACUGCAUACUGUGUGUACCUUCAAGACUAGUUUAUUGUUUUGAUUCCAGGUAAUAUGUGUAAAUGUUUAGAGUUUUUACUACAAUUAUAAUGUGCUUUACUGUUCUCAGUGACAUCUACACUAAUAUUAGUCUGUUUCAUUCUUAUUCCGAGGUGAAUGUAGCCACCCAGAUCCAGUCCGUAUCCAGAUCAGAUGGUGGAUCAGCACCUAGAGAUGACCUCGACAGCCCUGAAUGUCAACGGAGGCCAUGUCAGCUAGAUGAGCUCCAGAAAGCAAGCAUGGCCCGAUCACAAGAGGGAAUGCAAAUGCCUCAAGCGCCUCCAGCCACGGAUCCCCACCGACUCUGUCCGCUUGGUGACGAGGAUCAUUUUCAAACUGCUCAGCCAAUCAGAAAGUGACCAAGAGGAGCUGCAUUCGAUAGCCGAGCACCAGUCACAUCUUGCAGACAUGAGCGAGGAGAAGAAAGAAGGCCUGGGGCACCUCUGCACGACUUUGCAGGUUUAUCUCGGUGAGGAGAACCACGAUCUCUCUCAGCUUCCACCCGGCCUCGACCCCAUCAGCCUCCUCGCCAGAGUGACCUGCAACUGUUUCAGCAUCAGUGAUGGAGAGCUGCAGGACGUGGGGGUCGGACUUUACCCCAGCAUGUCUCUGCUGAACCACGACUGCCAGCCCAACUGUGUCAUGAUCUUUGAGGGCAAGAGACUCACGCUGCGAGCCGUUCGCCUCAUCAGACCCUGUGAGGAGCUCACUAUAAGCUACACCGACAUCCUCGCGACCAGCAAAGAGAGACGUUCCCAUUUACAGGAGCAAUACCAUUUCCUGUGUCAGUGCACGCGCUGUAGCACUGAGGACAAGGACUGUGACAUGCUGGCUGGAGAGAAGACAGCGUGGACGUCCUUAAGAGAAGCCAUCCCUCACCUGGAGCAGCUUCAGUCAGAGCAGCGCUGGGAGGAGUUGCUAAAAGAGAGCCAGGCUCUUUUGCACAGAUAUGCAGAUGCCAUCCCGGACAGGAACAUCUAUGUGCUCAGGCUGCUGGAUCUGGCCAUAGAUGCUUGCAUUAGUCUGGACGACUAUGAGACGGCGCUGGAGUAUGGCAACAGAGCUCUGGAAUCUUACAAAUUGUACUACAGUGAUCCUCAUCCGUCCAGAGCGGUGGAGCUGCUGCGGGUGGGGAAGCUGCAGCACUACCUGGGAAGACUGGAGGAGGCUCAGGGGAGCUUCACACAGGCCUAUGACAUCAUGAAGGUGACCCACGGGACGGCUCACGCGCUGACUAAUGAGGUGCGGAGGAAACUGAGCGAGUGCCAGGCUGAGCUGGGUCGAGUCUAGGCUGAUGUGUGCCAUCAUACAGAGAGCGACUGCUGCCGUCCCGCCACAGCCCCAAACUCCUCUCCGACAAUACUUUGACACGCUGGCUGUCAAUCAACACGCCGCUGUAUUUGCUCUCAAAUGGGAUGUUUCUGCAUGGUUGUGUCUGCCACCUGCUUUUGUGCCUCUGUGUAUCAAACCAGCUGCUUUAGAAUUCAACUGAAAAAAAAAGAAUAUUUUUCUCUGCUUCUUCUACUCCGCUUGCCAGAGGAAAAAAUCUACAUAACUCUGCUGUGCUUUUUCAGUCCAUUUCACAUUUAGUUUUUUUGUUUUUUGGAAUUCAUUCCACUUUUUUAUAUUCUGAAUUUGUUGCAAUAAUGACAGAGUUCAACUUGCUGUCCCCUUCACUCAACACUCAAUCCAAAGUAUAGUAUAUAUUAUUCAUCCUUACGUCUAGGUAUUUUGACCCCAAAUUAGUGUUUGCAAGAGGAAAAAUACUGCUAAAUUUAAAUGAUGAAUUUAAAGAAAUAGUGUCACUUUCCAAAUGUGCAGUAAUGCAGCUAUCACAAAGUGAAUGAUUUGGGUCACUGCAUUUUUUAUUUGUAGCUGCAUAUUCUUAGAUUCAUAAACAUAUACAGUAUGUGAUAUAUUAGUAUUUAAAUGCAUCUGAUUGAGUAUUCAGUAAACCCAGGUGAAAAACAAGUGUACUUCCAUAAUGUACUUAAAGUGCUC